AUGGAGGCAGCAAUCGGUAUCAUCGGACUCUCUUUACAACUAAUAGACUCGGCAGUGAAGGUCAAGCGAGUCAUCGGAACCUAUCGGUCUGCUUCGUCCGAGAUCAACCGCCUGGCACUCAAAGUCGAGCGUGUCGAGGCGAUUUGUGGCGCCAUCAAGAGAAACUUCGAGAAGGAUGACUCAAAUCUUCACUGCUCUGAUCUCAUUGAGACUUGGGGAAUUUGCGUUCUGCAGAGCAUUAAGUCGACCCUAGAGGAACUACAUGCAAUAGUAGCGAAACUAGAGCGAAGGGCAUCAAAACCCCGAGCUCUGCAUACAGUCGGGUUCUUCUUUUUGGAAAAAAAGGAUGAGAUGGCGAGAUUGAGCGCCUGUUUAGACGAAGACUUGAAUGAUCUGCAACAUAUGAUGACCGCAGAACUUCUCUCACGCUUCGGUGUUGUGGAGCAGCUUCUGUUGCCGCAUCAGGCUCAUUCUCCAAAGCCACAGAAGCAACGUGUACCAGGAGUCAAUGUGACAUCCACAGCACUGUCAAUGCCUGGGAUAAGUGAAGCGACAGAGAAGGACCAGACAGAGACUACAAGACGGAUUGGGUUCUUUGGGGAGUUGAAAACUACCAAGGUCACGCGGAAAUCUCGACUACGCGACUUACAUGAUCUUGCCAACGUUCAAGAGUCCAAAACCUAUUCGUUUGGCAUUCGCGGAAUUUCCACGAGGAUCGAGCUCAGGUGGGCUUUGGACACAAUGACUCCUAUCUCCUAUUCUCUGAGCCUCCAGCACUCCAUCGCGCGAGAAAUCAACCCCCAGCUUCUGAUGAAAGUCACUAAUACCAUAGGAAGGGGGGACUUACGAGGCCUUCAAACUAUGUUCUCGAACCGUGAGAUAAUCCCCACGUCCUUUGUUGCUUCCAUGACACUUUUUGAGUACGCAGCGGCUCAUUACCAGCCGACGAUUUGCCAUUUCUUGGCCCGACAAAAUUUUCGGCAGUGUCUCGGUGAAGAGCCUUGGGGGGAGGUGAUAAGUUACGGUUCCAGCAUGAGCGGCACUGCCGCUGAAAAACAGUCACGUCUAUUCAAGCUGGACGAUAUGUUCAUGGCCAUGGGUCUUUCCCCAAUUACAAGGAUGCGGUGGCUGAACAAUUUCCUCAUAUACUCGGAUGAAUUUUUCCCGUGUUACUAUCGGAUUCGAUCUUCAAUGGUGGAUGAUUAUGACAGAGAAGCAUUCCGCAACUGGUCAUGGAGUGCAGCUGUGGCCUGCUUCUGUAGGAACACCGAGAAGUUGACUUGCUGGCUUUCAAAUGACAUAUCCUUCACGACAUGGGCUGAUAUCUUUGGCACACUCAUCAAUGAGGGUAUCGACGUUCAUAUGGAGUGUCAGGAUGGAGGAAUUCCCAACAUCAAAGAUUACCCCGCAUCCCUGAGUGCAUAUGGAAGGAUACUCCGCUAUAGCGAUUGCCACUGGUCUGUCGAUGCCGCACUUUCGCGAUGGAUAAGAAUCUUGCAGCUUUCUGGAAUAGACGUGGCGAAAUAUCUGGAAUGGGAAACGACUCACUGUGAGAAGCACUGGAAGAACUUAGGAUAUUAUCAUCGCUACCAAGGGGGUAGUUGGUCGAAAGUGCUGGGAAGAAAGACCAUAUGCGGGUUCGACGUCCCAAUGUGGCGCCGACAAGUAGAUGCUGACAGUCUGGCCAGCGAAGUCUUGCAAGAGUUCAAGAACUUCGGCGCUUUUGGAGACUACCCGCCAAUUCGAACAUACAAUUAUUGGGACGACGAGCACUUGAAGAAUACUAGUCGCCAGCACAUCUUGUGGAAAACGGAGACAACUCGGUAUGGAGCCGACGCGAACUGGCCAUUUGUUCUAUCGACGCCCAGGGACCGCAGUUACGAUGACUUGAGGAAAUGGGAUUUCUUUGAUGAUAUACCCACUUAUUCCUCGAAUGCCAUUUGGUCAUUCCACUACGCAAAGGAGCUGUUUCAAAAAAGGUUCGAAAAGAGAUUGUUGAAGAAACUUUGCAAGUCAGGAUAUGUCAAGAAACAAAAACGGCUUAAGAUCCCUGGGGCCUGGGAAGAUUCACAGUGGUAG